AUGACAACCUCUGUGAGUGCUGCCCCAGAGCAGCCAACCCCGACGACGGACAACAUUAGUCGCCCCGUCUCUUUACUGUCUUCGGUUGACAAAAUAAGAUCUUCUUUACCAAGUGACGAUCUGGUGGAUGAGGAAGAGGAACAGUUCUCAUGGACAACAGCCAUCUUUCGUCGAAAGCAGAUUGUCCACCCUGACCCUGAUGCAAUCGCGACUAAACGCGCUGUUUUUGAUGAUCCUGACCUUGCACCGCACUAUUGGCCUAAGAAGGACUACGAGAAUCUCCACAGGUUCGAUCCAGCCGCUCGUUGGACGUACGGGGAGGAAAGGAAGGCCCUGGUCCGCAAGUUGGACUGGAAGAUCAUGCUUAUGGCAGCUGGAGGAUUUUCCGCUUUGAACCUGGACAGGAACAACAUCAGCCAAGCAAACUCGGACUCUUUUUUGCAGGAUCUUGGAUUGACUACAGACGACUUCAACCUCGGAAAUACUGUGUUCAGAACUACCGUCACAGCUUGUCUCGAAGCGAAUUGGCCCGGAUCGUUGGAUCCCAACGCAGAUCUGCCUCUGGAUCAUUUCAGCGCCUUGCAAGGCGGCUAUAUCCCUGACCUGAUAUUAUAUCUAUCUUAUUUUUACACGAAGACGGAACUACCCGUCCGCCUCGCCCUGUUCUGGAUGUCUAUGAAUUUCUGCGCCAUCAUUGCUAGUUUUAUAGCCUAUGGCACGCUUCACAUGGAUGGUGUAGCGGGCGCUGCUGGAUGGAGGGGACUCCUCACUCUUCUUAUAGGAUUUUUAUCUUUUUUCCGUAUGCCUCCAUCGCCAACGCAGACAAAAACAUGGUUCCGGCCAAACGGUUGGUUCACGGAAAGAGAAGAGAUUAUUAUGGUCAACCGAAUACUUCGUGAUGAUCCUACUAAGGGUGAUAUGCACAACCGCGAGGGCCUUACAUUGCGUCGCCUGUGGACAGCAAUGUGUGAUUAUGACCUUUGGCCAAUUUACAUCAUGUACGCCUUUCCCCUGAUCUUUGUAAGAAUUGGACCUCAUGAAACGCAGCGGCCUCAUGUUUGGUAUCCCGAACACUCCCCCAUCAACGUAUCUCACUUUACUACUCAGGGACAUCGGGCUCUCGGAAUGGUCACUAUGUUUCUGAUCACGAUUGUCUCAGAGUUUGUUAACGAGCGUUCUAUUGUGUCGAUGAUGGAGGACCUCUGGACGUUGCCUUUCCUCGUUGCACUGUAUGCGUUGCCCAGCAGCCCUAACCCUUGGAUAUUUUUUGUCGUGGUGACUGGUUUGUUGUCAUAUCCGUUCGUGCAAAUCUACGUGGCCAGCGAUGCUCCCAGAUGUACGAAAGCAUAUUACAUCUGGCGCAACCGACAACGAGCCAGGAUUUGGGAUGCAAUGACAACACAGGAACGUGCACACUAUCUGAGCACGACCAAGGAUGUUGGGAACAGAAGACUUGAUUUCCGUUUUGCGCAUUAA